AUGACAGGCGUAAAACUUUCCAUCCAGAAGAGAAAUUUUACCACCUGUUUGAAAUCGAUUGUACAUCAUGUGCGCGACCAAAUUACUGGCAGCCAAGGUCAACCCUUUGCUCAACGUCUUCCACUAGGAUGGGUCGUCAUUGGUGAAAUUUGUAUUGGUAAAGUUCAUCCUCCAAAGGACGUGAAUGUAAACAAAGCGCAUAUUCUUAAUGACGGAAGGUGCACCACCUUUCCAGUGUGUCACAACAAUAUCAAUGUCAAGGACAAUGAUGACAUAUUCAUACGAACACCAUUUGACAACAAGAUUGGACCUUCUGUUGAGGACCGCAAGUUUGUAGCUCUUAUGGACGCAGAGUUCCACAAAGACACUGAUGGUUUUUGGUCCGCACCAUUACCUUUCAAGGAGUCAAAACCAGUGAUGCCUAACAAUUAUUCACAGGCCUGGAAACGUGCUUUGAUCCUCAACACAAGUUUAAAGAAAGAUCAUCACAAACGUCAACACUUCUUUGCAUUCAUGUCAAAAGUCUUAGCUAGUGGGGCAGCAGAAGUUGCUCCUUCCGACAUACCUGGGGAAUGCUGGUAUUUACCCCUUUUUGGGGUGUACAAUUCGAAAAAACCGGAUCAAAUCCGAGGAGUAUUCGACUCGUCGGCUGUGUUUCAAGACGUUUCAUUGAACAGUGUGUUAAUGUCUGGACCAGACUUAACAAACAACCUUGUUGGAAUCCUCAUGCGUUUCCGUGAAAAUGCAAUUGCUAUCAGUGGUGACAUUCAGCAAAUGUUUUAUGCAUUUCGUGUUCAUGAGGAUCAUCGUGAUUACCUCAGAUUCUUUUGGUACGAGGAUAACAACUUUGAAAAACCUUUAAUACAAUACCGAAUGAAAGCUCACGUUUUUGGUAACACACCAUCUCCAGCUGUUGCCACCUAUGGACUUCGAAAAGCAUCAUCUGUUGGUGACGAUGAUGUUCGUAAAUUUGUUUACAACAACUUUUACGUCGAUGAUGGACUGACGUCGCUUGCUACAGAAUCAGAAGCAAUCAACCUGAUGAGAAAAACACAAGCAACACUGAAAAACAACGGAAACAUUCGUCUCCACAAAAUCGCUUCAAACAGUGUGAAUGUGAUGAAAUCAUUUCCUAUAGAUGACCUAGGAAGCGAUUUGAAGGAACUAAAUCAUUGUGCAGACAUAUGCAACUUACCUGUACAACACAGUUUAGGAAUGCAGUGGGACUUAAACUGUGAUAUGUUUGUGUUCAAAAUCUCUAAUGCUGAAACACCUUACACCCGCAGAGGCCUUCUAUCGACAAUGAACCGUAUCUUUGAUCCAAUGGGAUUUAUUUCUCCAGUCACUAUCAGUGGAAAAAUUCUACACCGUGAACUUGUAUCUCCUGGAUGUCACUGGGAUGAACCACUUACGGAGGAACAUUUGAGAAGAUGGCGAAUCUGGAUUGAUUCAUUGAUACAAUCAACUUUAGAGUUCCCCGAAUGA